GGGUGCUCACGUAGCGGCUGUGGGUCUCCGCCCGAGAUUAUGGCGGCUCCCAUUGCAUUGGAGAGCAACCGGGAGCCGCAGACAUGGCCGAAAUGUUCAAAAUAGAUUUAAAGAAACAAUUUAUCGUUUAAUUAACGAGGUAGCGCCCGUGGCUAUUUCCGGGUUGGCUUCUUAACGCGCGCGUGCGCGCCUUGGUUCUUUUUUUUGUGGGGGGGGGGGGCACGUCCAGGCAUUUCCCCCCGCUCUGCGUGCUCCAUGGAACAAGUUUUUCUUUGUGUGUGUGUGUGUCAAAGACUUAAGGUAAAGCAUAUGAACAUCAGCAGCGUUUUCGUCCCGUCACCCCCCACAUCACGGGCAGUCGUGUAGUCGCCGCCGCGUGGCCCUGCGUUGUUAGGGGGGGGGGGGGGGGGGUGAUUUCCACAAUGAAACCCGCGUCGGAGCGACGGGUCUUUGUGUUGUGAGCACGGACCGACCGUGCUCUUAUUGUCAACAACCGACACAAAAUGGUGAACGUUGAGAUUUGGAGCCGCUUUUGGGUUUGAAGCCAACGAUGCGCGAGUACAAAGUGGUGGUCCUGGGCAGCGGCGGGGUCGGAAAGUCCGCCCUCACGGUCCAGUUCGUCACCGGGACGUUCAUUGAGAAGUACGACCCCACCAUAGAGGACUUCUACCGCAAGGAGAUCGAGGUGGACUCGUCGCCGUCGGUCCUGGAGAUCCUGGACACCGCCGGGACUGAGCAGUUCGCCUCCAUGCGGGACCUGUACAUCAAGAACGGACAGGGCUUCAUCCUGGUCUACAGCUUGGUCAACCAGCAAAGCUUCCAGGACAUCAAGCCAAUGAGAGACCAGAUCAUAAGAGUCAAAAGGUACGAGAAGGUCCCCGUCAUCCUGGUGGGCAACAAGGUGGACCUGGAGAGCGAGCGGGAGGUGUCGUCCAGUGAGGGCCAGGCGCUGGCCGAGGAGUGGGGCUGCCCCUUCAUGGAGACGUCGGCGAAAAGCAAAACCAUGGUGGACGAACUGUUUGCCGAGAUUGUACGGCAGAUGGACUACGCCGCCCAGCCCGACAAGGACGACCCCUGCUGCUCGUCCUGCAAUAUACAAUAGCCGUCCGAGUGGGGGCGGGGUCGGAGGUUAUGGCAGCGACACACAGACACACACUUGGCACACUCUCAUACACACACGGCAAUUAAAUGAUAGAACACGAUGGAGUUUAACUCUAAUAUCAGCAGUGCCAUUAUUCAUGAUGUGAUAGGAUUGAGAACUUAAAAACAAAAAACAAAAAAAACAUACCCUCGCCUUAUGUUGCUCUCCACCUUUCUAGUCGUCAUCAACAAAGAAUUACACCGCAGGACCUUCAUAUUUUCUCUCUUUUUUUUUAAAGAUAAUAUUCUUAAAAUUUACUUUCAUGAUGCGUUUACUGUGACAACAAAACAACACUAAUCGAUUACCGGGAUCCCUUUGCUUCGAAUAUGAGCAGAGGUUUGGAUUUAUGUCCAUUUUGUGCGGUGCUUUUUGGGAGCUUUUUUUUCUACUCAUCGCAGGGCUGAACCAAAGAAGUGACCUGAAAGCAUUUCAUCUAUUUUUUUUUCUUAAAUAUUGUAAAUGGGGAGAAACAGCAGUGCAGUUAUCAUUUCAAGUUUUGACACAGUAAAGGUAAACAGCAUUGUCUUCCACUUUUUUUUAAUUUUUAUUUUUUAUUCUCAUCGUCUGAAAAUGAAGUCUAACAAAUUUACGACUGUCAGUGUUUGGUUAUCCCAGCUAGGGAUAAUCUAUUAAUUGAUCAUUCAGAAUUAUGUCUGUGAAGUGAUGGAGGCAAAAUGUGGUGCACUACCUAACUCGCAACCAGCAUAGAUGCUGUUGAUCCACUCUCAACUAGUUUGCUGUGCAGAGAACAAGAUGGCCUACAUCCACGCAGACCUGCGCUGGGCAUGCAAUUGUAGUCCAGAACAUCCAGUGCUAUUUUUUUUUCUUCGAUAAACUGGUUGUGCAAACAGUAGUUUGGAACAGUUUCUGCAAUUCUUUUCACUUUAUUGGUCGUGAAAAUAGGAGUUCAGAACAUUCAAAGGUUAUUUUUGCCGAUUGUUCAUGGAAACGGGGGUUCAGAACAUUGAGUGCUAUUUUUUCGAUUAGUUAGUCAUGGAAAAGUGAGCUUAGACGAUUCAAUUAUAUUUUUUUCAAUUAAUUUGUAAAAACAGGAAUAAAUAACAUUCAGUGAUAUAUUUUCUGAUUAAUUGGUCAUGGAAAAUGAUCUUACAAUAUUCAGUGUUAAUUUCUCUCAAUAGGUGGCUAGUAUAAACACGAAGUUUUUUUUUUCCUCUUUUUCCCCCCAAUUAAUUGGUCAUGGAAGAGGGAUCUCAGAACAUUGUGCUAUUUUGUUGGUUAAUUGUUGUGAAAAAAGGAGUUCUUGAAAACAUUCAACAGUAUUUUUUCAAUGGUCAUAAAAAACAGGAGUUCAGAACAUUCAGUGCUAUUUAUUUCUGUGAAUUUGUUGUGAAAAUGAGUUUGGAACAUUCAGUGCUAUUUUUUCUGUGUAUGGGUUGUGAAAACAGGAAUUCAGAACAGGCAGUGGUAUUUUCUCAAUUAAUUGGUUCUGGAAAAAGGACUUCAGAACAUUCAGCACAAUUUUCUUCGUCAGAUUGGUUGUCAAACUCAAGAUGCCAACACUUAUGAUCAUACCUCUGUUUUCUGGUGAUGUGCUCACAGGGUAUUCAUCGUACCGAAGAUGAGACUAAGACUAAUUCAAAUGGUAGUGGACAUAUUUUGUAUGGGAAGUGCCAGCUGACGUGUCUUUUAAAGUGAAUGCAUGGCUAGAAAAAAAGGACUCAUAUUGUUUUUAAGAAGAAUAUGAGGACAAACAAAUGCUGGUAUGAAUCCCAGACGCUGUCUCAACUGUGCAUCUUUUCAAAAUUUUAAUUUAUAUCAGGAAGCAGCCUUUUUUUUUAAAUUCCCUCCUUGUGUAACCAAGUUGAUUUUCUAUUUUUUUAACGUGACCAUUGACUCUCGAAUCCUCCUCUGAUUCUCUUAAAAUUUGACACCCGCCGAAUAAAAGUGUGUUCAACA